CGGCCAUCUACGCGGCAAUUGCCCCAACCCACAUCGCUAUCGCGUCCUGAACCAUUCACCACAUCAAGGGAUAUAGCGUGCAUGCUUUAUGUAAAUUGCGCAUACAGCGACUGAUCUGCCUUAUACAACUGUAGACCAACUUUUGCACCUCGCGUGAUUCUUGGGCAACGGGCAUCCCAUGAGAAGAAGUGCUCAACGCGUUGUUGACGGUAUAGGAAGCGCCGUAACACCGGUGCUCAGUCUUUGCGGUUGGCAGGCAGGAUGCGGUCGACAGCUACACGCCGCCGCGGCUGCACACAGCACCUACGGCUUCAGCCUAAAUACAUUGCGCGCUGAAAGCUUUUACGACUCCACUGUCGAAAAGUACGCCGCCAUGGACGUGGAGGUGCUGUCGCUGCGAGACAUGCUCAGCUUCGGUCGCAACGCGUGGGACCACCCCGACCGCAUCAUCCAGAGCGGCAGAUACGUGCAGCGGGAGCUGCCCAAGCGACUGGCUCGACGCCUGCUAGAUCUGCAGCUGCUGCCCUACAUUGUGGUGACCAACCCGCACAUCAAGCGAGUGUACAAUCAGUACUACGUAUCAUUCGAAACCAUGCGCCGCAUCCCGCCCAUUCGCACCCUGGAGGACAACCAGGAGUGGUGCCACAUCCUGAGGCAACAUCUGGACGAGCAUGCCCCCAUGCUCGACUCCCUGGCCGCCGGCCUGCGCGAGUGCAAGAGCAAGGAGCUGGUGGGUCCCUGUCUGCAGCUGGACGCGUUCUUCGACACCAUGCUGCGCAGCCGCAUCAGCCGCCGAGUGCUGGCGGAGCAGCACCUGCACAUUGGGAACAGGAGGCCUGCCUACAUUGGCAUCGUGUGUACGGAUUUGGACGUUAACGACUCCAUCGAGUUUGCCGUACAGAAGACCAAACAGGUGUGUAUGGAGACGUACGGCACCGCCCCUGACGUCAUCGUCAGCGGCGACCCCAAGGUCACCAUCCCCUACAUACCCGCACACCUGGACUACAUGCUGUACGAACUGCUCAAGAACGCCAUGAGAGCCGUGGUGGAGUCCAGUCGCGCGGCGCAGCAGCAACAGCAGUUGUACGACGCCACCAACGGUACCUCCUCCUCCUCCCCCUCCCCCUCCCCCUCCCCCUCCUCGCUCACCAAGCUGCCCCCCAUCCACGUGCGCGUGUGUGACGGCAGUGGUGGAACGCUGACCAUCCGCAUCUCCGACCAGGGCGGCGGCAUUCCGCCGGAGAUCAUGGACAAGGUCUUCUCCUACGGCUUCACAACCAUCGGCCAAACCGACCCCGAGGGCCCCGAGAGCAGCAGCAGCAGCAGCACAAGUACCAGCAGCAGCAGCAGUACCAGCACCAGCACCAGCACCAGCACUGCUACGAGCGCCAGCGCCGACUCCUCCCGUGAUGGCGUAGAGGGACUGGGGCAUGGGACUCGUGCGCGGGGUAAUGGCGGCGGUGCUGGAGCAGCAGCAGCAGCAGGGCGGCAGAGCUCCGGGGCCGGGAAUGGUCUGCAGGGGUUGAUGUCUGGUGGGGCUGCAGGAGGGGCGGCGGGGGGCGGCAGCCGGUAUCGCAUGGCGGGACUGGGAUUCGGACUGCCGCUGUCUCGGGUGUAUGCGAGGUACUUUGGCGGCGACCUGCGGCUCCAAACCAUCCCCGGCUACGGAGUGGACGCCUACCUCACUCUCCGGCGUCUGGAGGAGCACGAGUGGCGGGAGGAGGUGGAGGAGCCGGGCAUGCUGCCCAUGAAGACACCGUACUAGGGGAGGGGAGGACUGAGAGAAAGAGGGGGGCAAAGCGGAUGCGGACGGGCUCGGUAUGUUGCGUAUCAAGACGGCGUAGUGGUGAAGCGAGGGGGAGGAAGGACAGUGCCCUGGGGGUGUGGGAGAAGAGGAGGGAGCGGUGCUGAAGACGCCUGAUGCGAAGGGAUGACGGGAGGAGGAAAAGGAGGAAUUGGACGAGCCCGGACACAUGUUGUUGCUCAAUAAGACUGGCCUCUACUAACUAAAGGAAGCGGUUGGCGCGGCGGGAUGGGGGGUGGUGGGAGGUUGGCAGGGCGGAUGGGGGGAAUGUGCGAGGAUGGAUGCAUGCGGGUAUGGUAUUCCGGGGUUGUGCCAUGAGAAGCGUUUGUUGCGUGCGAGAGUGAGAAGAGGAAAAGGAAGUGUGUUGUUGUGCAUGUGUGUGCUGCCGGUCUGUUGAGUGGUGCUGACGGAGGAGUGGGACAAGCCGGGCAGGAGGCAGCGCUCGGCUGGUUGUUACCUAGCUUACCGGUAUAUGAGUGACAUGCUGCGGUUAUAGGGAAAUGCGUCGUUUGGAUUGUUUUCUUGAAAGCAUUUGGCCACUGCUUGUAUUGGUGGUGCGAGAGGAGGCUGCGGGUGUCGGGAUGCAGAGGG